UUUAGACCGGAGCCCGUCACCAACGUCACGGUUUAGGGAGUCACGUGACCGGUAAAGGCGGCCGUGUGGAGGACCUCUGGUCAAUGGAAUAAAACGACAAAAUGUCUCAAGAGGUGGGAGUCUGUUUUCUCUGCAGCUGCUGAACGUCAGGCACCACAUACCUUCAUUAAAAGCAGGAGAAAAACAAAACUCACCAAGUGAAUCUGCUGUUUCACUUUUCCUACCUGGAAAGACAAGAAACAGAAGAAGUGAUGAAAAGCCAAUGUGUGGGCUGAGUGAGUGCUGUGUGAAGGGAGAUCAUCACACUCAACCACAUCCUACACCCGCAUUUUCAUUCCGAUGCAUCUGAGCCAUAGCAGCUACUGUUAAUGGCUACACAAUGAAGGCCCAAUUACAGAUAACAGUUUUGUCAGCUAAGCUGAAAGAGAACAAGAAGCACUGGUUCAAGCCUAGUCCGUAUGUGGAGGUAGCUGUAGAUGGCCAGUCAAAGAAAACAGAGAAGUGCGCCAACACACUCAGCCCCAAAUGGAAGCAGCCCCUCACAGUAAUCGUUACCCCUUUCAGCAAGUUAAUUUUCCGUGUCUGGGGUCAUCAGACUCUCAAAGCAGACAUUUUAUUGGGAAUGGCAACUUUAGAAGUCAGUGAGACCCUCAAAUCCAGUGACAUGAAGAUCCAUGAGGUGAUACGGACUCUGCCUCUGAGUGCAGAUACAGAUGGCAGUGACUUGGUGGGAGAUCUGUCUGUGUGUCUGGAUGGAAUGCAGGUGGAUCCUGAAAUAUUUGCUUCCGAGGAACAGAAGCACAAUGGUCCACCAAAUAGGGAAUCUAAGCAAGAGGCACCUGGAAGAUCGAGUCGAGAUUCUUCACCCUCCAGUGACCUUGCUGAUGAUUCUUCACUGCCCAAUGGUCAUGCUGUGGGAAGUACAGGGUCUCCUUCAACUUCGACAGGAGCUCUGAGACCCCCAAGGCCCCCUAGACCCCAGAGACCACCUCCUCCCUCCCCCCAGAGACCAAACUCUUCCACAGCCUCCUCUACUGGCUCUACUCCAACCCAUGGCAGUGGUGGCCCAAGUCCAGACUCAUCCCCGCGCUUAUGUGUGAAUGGAGAGGCAGCAAGCCAGGGAUCAAACUCAGGUUCAGGGUCAGCCCUAAGAGUGAGCCCCACUCCCCGCAGAGUGUCUCCCAUCAACAACGGCCCACUUCCUCCUGGCUGGGAGCAGAGAGUGGAUCAGAAUGGUCGUAUCUACUAUGUGGAUCACAUUGAGAAAAAGACCACCUGGGAGAAACCUGAACCUUUGCCUCCUGGCUGGGAGCGUCGUGUGGACCCGAUGGGCCGAGUGUAUUAUGUGGAUCACAUUAGCCGGAGCACCACGUGGCAGCGGCCCACUGCAGAGUCUGUGAGGAAUUAUGAGGAGUGGCAGAGCCAGCAGAGCCAGUUACAAGGAGCCAUGCACCAUUUCAACCAGAGAUUUAUUUUUGGGCAACAGGAUCAACUAGGGACAACUCCUAAUAAAGAGUUUGAUCCACUGGGUCCUUUACCACAGGGAUGGGAGAAGCGAACUGACGCAAAUGGGAGAAUGUACUUUGUUCAUCAUCCUACACGUUCAACACAGUGGGAGGAUCCUCGUACUCAGGGGUUGUUGAAUGAAAAGCCCCUGCCAGAAGGUUGGGAGAUGAGGUUCACAGUGGAUGGGAUUCCAUAUUUUGUUGACCACAACAGGAGAACGACCACCUACAUCGACCCUCGCACGGGCAAAUCCUCACUAGAGAAUGGCCCUCAGAUUACCUAUGUGCGUGACUUUAAAGCCAAAGUGCACUAUUUCCGCUUCUGGUGUCAGCAACUGGCAAGGCCUCAGCACAUCAAAAUUCAUGUCAGUCGCAAGACACUGUUUGAGGAUUCCUUUCAGCAGAUCAUGACUGUCCACCCACAAGAACUGAGACGAAGACUAUGGAUCAUCUUUCCAGGAGAGGAGGGACUGGACUAUGGAGGAGUAGCUAGGGAAUGGUUUUUCCUGUUGUCUCAUGAAGUUUUGAACCCCAUGUACUGUCUUUUUGAAUAUGCGGGUAAAGACAACUACUGUCUGCAGAUCAACCCCGCCUCGUCCAUCAACCCAGACCACCUCAAAUAUUUCAAGUUCAUUGGAAGAUUUAUUGCCAUGGCUCUGUUUCAUGGGAAAUUCAUAGACACUGGCUUCUCACUGCCCUUCUAUAAGCGGAUCUUGAACAAGCCUCUGGCUCUGAAAGACCUGGAAUCCAUUGACCCUGAGUUCUACAACUCCUUAAUCUGGAUCAAGGAGAAUAACUUGGAGGAGUGUGGGCUGGAGAUGUAUUUCUCGGUGGAUAAGGAGAUCUUGGGUGAGGUCACUACUCAUGAGCUGAAGCCAGACGGCGGAAACAUUCUUGUAACUGAGGAAAAUAAGGAAGAGUAUAUCAGGCUGGUGGCAGAGUGGAGGUUAUCCAGGGGGGUUGAGGAACAGACUCAAGCUUUCUUUGAAGGUUUUAAUGAAGUCUUGCCUCAGCAGUACCUGCAGUACUUCGAUGCCAAAGAGCUGGAGGUGAUGCUGUGUGGAAUGCAGGAGAUUGAUCUUUCAGACUGGCAGAGGAACACAAUCUACAGACAUUAUGCUCGCAGCAGCAAGCAGAUCAUCUGGUUCUGGCAGCUUAUGAAAGAAAUGGACAACGAGAAGAGGAUGCGUUUGCUACAGUUCGUGACUGGGACUUGCAGGCUUCCUGUUGGGGGGUUUGCUGACCUCAUGGGGAGCAAUGGGCCACAGAAGUUCUGCAUCGAAAAAGUGGGAAAAGAGAACUGGCUUCCCAGGAGCCACACAUGUUUCAACCGUUUGGAUCUGCCUCCCUAUAAGAGCUACGAGCAGCUUAAAGAAAAGUUGAUGUUUGCCAUCGAGGAGACAGAAGGCUUUGGCCAAGAGUGAUGCAUACAUCCACACCCCUGCAUGUCCUCUGCACGUCUCCAUGGCAGCAGCUUACCAUUCAGACUUAUCUGAAAGAAUGCUGCUGAACGAAUGAAAGAGACGACGUGAGAAAAGAAAAAUUCUUGAGAGCACCAUUCCUUCAUCACAUCACCAAGGCUCACAUUUCCCCUCUGAUUUCAGAUGCACUGUUUGAAAUUUCACUCUUUUGUGGUAAUGCUGUCUUCUUUAGUCAUCUAUGCACCAGAAUGCCUGGGCUUAAAUAAACUAAACCCCACAUAAGAGACACAUGCGCAUAUACAUACACACAUACACACAUGCACAUACACACAUGCGCACACACACACACACACACACACACACACAUACACAUACACACUGUCCAGGCUAUGCACCCCGGUUGGCUGGAUUCACCAUUAGUAUUUUACAAGACUGUUUUCCUGUUUGUUUGUUUUUUUGUUUUGUUUUGUUAUGUUAUGUUUUGUUUUAACCGUAUACCUGACUCGUUUACAGUUGGGCACUUGUUUUUCUGGCAGCACUUACAGUAGUACAACUGUAUGCAUGAAUAUUCAAUUUUAUUUUAUGGGCUCUCAAUCAUUUAGGUAGCUGUCUGAGUCUGCUGAGGUAUAGAAUUCCGAUCAGAAAGUUUUCUCACUGAUAAAGCACUUUGAGAUAUGAGCUCAAUGGCUAAGAAAUUUGCCUGAGGUGAUGAUAGUCGAUAAGCAUAUAAGGCAUUGGGUUAGUAAUUAAAUCUCUUAAGAAAACCUGGAGAGAAUCAGCAUCUAGUUUUAAUCUCCAGGUGACUGGAACCAACUUUCCCAUUUUAGAAAUGGGUGCAUGCUUUUAGUGCAAGUUAAGUCAUCUGCUUUUAGUGAACCAAAUUACCCUAACAUGUGAAAGGAGUUGGGAUGUAAUGGUCCAAGUCUGGUUUACUUGUAUCUCAAAUAAUAUACAAAUCCCACAUCCUAUUUUCUGAGAAUUUUUCAAAAAUGAGCAAGGCUGAACACGAAUGCAUAUUUUAAUACUAGGACGUACAUGAGUUCAAAUUCUGGUUGAUGCUAUUAUGCUUUAAUCUGGGAAAUAAAAUUAAUUAAAAAAAAAAAAAAAAAGUUAAACUGCACCUUAAAUGCAUUUAAGUUCCAUUUUGACAGUUUUCUUUUCUCUCCGUUAUCAAGCCCCUGAAAUGUUCUGAGGUGAGCCGAUUUUCAAUAGCUGUGAGUCUGACCAUGCACUUGUCACUUUCUAGUUUUCUGAGCAGGUUUAGAUUUCUCCAGAACUGUCCUGAAAAGCUCUAUCCCUUUAAAGACCUUGCCAUGCUUUAAUGUAGAAAUCAGAUGUUGAAUACGAUCACCAGUAAUGAUUUUCUUGGGCAUUUCAGGUCGUCUACUGCUAAAAGGUGCUUCAUUUUCAUUACUGGUGUUUUCUUUUUAAAGAAAUUACUGACAGGCUGUUUGCUUUAGGAAUUAGAAUUAUUCGGAGAAAUGCAAUGUUGUGUAUAUAAUCUACUAUGUUAAUAUACAAUUCAAAAGGAAAAUUCUAGCCACAUAGUUUGAAAGACCAUAGUGAGGUACCUGUUUUCACUGUAGGGUCCGACCACAUCUGUGUUUGACAAAAGCAACAAUAAUUAUUACAUUUAUUAAUAGUAAGGUUAGUAUAGCACUAGCUCGAAACCCAAAUAGAGAUAAUGAGAGAGUUCUAUCCCGAAACCUCUUUAAUAUGCUACACAACUCCCCUCUCGAAACUGUGAGCCUGUGUCAUUAAUGUGGGAGUUGUAGUACUUAUUUUCUUUAUUAGUUUUGUUCAUAAAACUAAUGGAUAUGCCUGAAUAGGUCAGACCUAUUGACAUUAUAUCUUCAUGUGUCAGCACACUAAUAAAGCAGACAAAUGCACUGCAGUUUGAAUAACGUGUCUGAUUUAAGAAAAGAAAAAAAGUAAGUGAACAGAUCAGCAAUCUGUGA